AUGUGGAACAUGAUGUGUGACGUGAUGCCCACAAUAAAUGAGGAUAGUACUACUCAAAGAAAUUUGCAGUUUUCCGGUGAGGAUGCAAAUUUCGAACAGCUCAUGAUUUCUAUGUUGGACGAGCGCGAUAAGCUCUCGGAAGGUUUACGAGAAACUCAAGAGCGGUUAGGGGAAGCUGAAGCAAAACUUCAAGAAGUUGAAAAAGAAAGGGAUUCUCUUCAGAGGCAAAUCUCUGCAAAUUUACCACAGACCAUGAGUAUUGGAAUUCGCCAUUUUAAAAAUUUAGGUUAUAAAACCCUAUUAUUAAACAUUUUUUCUCAACUUAUUUGUACAUUAACAUUUAUCAAUUUAUUUCAUUUUAAAAAUUUGUAUGUGUAUUUACCGGCAAAAUAA